AUGUCGUCGCCCGUCAAGACGCAGCCUAAGCGUCGCAGCGACAGCUCGAGCGAGCGACCGCGCUCCUCGAGCGAAAACGACGACGAGAUCCGACCUAUCGGCCAUUCGAUGCCCUACAACUCGCACCACAGUUUCCAGAGUCGCUCGAGCACACUCACGCCCUAUGGCGAGCUUCCCUAUACACCCGGCACCCAGACGCCCGACCUGUACGACCGCACAGCCGUCAACAUGCCCGACCAGAAGUCCAUGGAGUUCAAAGCAGCCAAGGACUCUGCUGGAGCGAUCGGUUCCGGUGUCGUUUCCUCCGAAAAGAAGCCCCGUGCGGAUCAACCUGCCAAGACGGCGGCCAACGGCUACCUCGACUACGCCGACGGUCUCCGUGGGAUCGCCAUGAUCCUUGUGUUCAAUGGUCAUUUCAUCGACAACACCUUUGUUGCGACCCACCCGGGGACGAUUCAGAACGGUACACCCGUCGGCAUCCUCAGGAGCCCGAUUGGACUGGUGCUCUUCUACAUGCUCUCGGGCAGGUUGAACGCGACGAGUUACUUUAGGAACAAGGCGCUCGGCCGACCGAUCAUUUGGAGCGUCGUCCCCGAAGCCAUGAUCAGGCGCAGUCUGCGACUGUUGAUCGUAGGAGGUGUUUGGUUGGUGAUUCAGAAGGUCGAGUGUGGCGCUCAUGCGUUUGACCAGACGGUCAUUGCGGAAGGUUGGCUGCAGAGCGGCAACCUCGGUUACCCACUAUGGUGCAACGUCAACUAUGAUAAUCCCUCGCCGUUCGCCAGCGACUGGGCGAUCUCGACUAGUGUCGGUGACAUUGUCGUUGGUCUGCUUAGACUGGCGACGAACCGAGACUACCUGCAGCAGCUGCUCAACACGUCGAUGCUCUGGUCCAUCGUACCCCAGCUGUGGGGCAUGCUCUCGGUGCUCAUGAUGCUGCCCAUCGUCAUGUACCUCAAGGCCUCGCGACGAUUUGUGCUCUACGCACUGCUGCUCAUCUUCCAAGGUUACACGUACAAUCAGAACAUCCCGUUUACGGUGGGAGCCAUUGCAGCCGACCUCGUCGCCAGUGGGUACAUCAAGAAGUUCAACCAGAAAUCGCGACUGGCGUUCUUGGCCACCGAAACCGCCAUGGCCGCCUUCUUCGUCGCCGCCUACUGCUACAACCCCAUCUUUGUCAACAUCGACCAGGGUCUGCAGAGCGUUACCGACCGAGACGGUACUCUGGGGUACAGCAUCACGAGUUUUACGGCGGGUCGCAUGCCUAGCUACCUCAUCAUGGCGGGCGUGCUCUACUUCUGGUUGGAGAUGUCGGUCGUGCUCCAAUGGUUGAUCGGUAAUUGGGCGUUCAAGGCUCUAGGCAGGGUCGCGCUGGGUUUCUACGUAUGCCAGAUGUCCAUCAUCUACGGUAUCAUGCCGUACUUGGUGAUCCACUUCCGUGAUCGAGGAUACAGCUUCUGGAGCAACAUGUGGAGUACCUGGCUCAUCACGUUCUUCACCGCCUACAUCGUUGCCUGGUUGAUCGCGCACACCUUGGACAAGUGGGCCAUGAUCUUCUCGGACUGGUUCGCCAAGACGAUUAUUCGCGAGGAUACGUAUGCCACGCUCAAGCAGGCUACGAUCAACACGGUUAAGGGGGUGGUGUUUGGACCUCCUGCGUUCCUCCGUGCCGUUCCUGGCUGGUGUCGCGACACGUGGGCCAAGACCAAGCACACGGUGUGGCUCAUGUUCCACUGGAGGACGAUGGUCGAGGCACCCCAACCACCCGCGCACCCCAUGGAGGUCGGUUUGCAGAUGAAUGAUUUGCACUCGUCGCUCUUCGAUGCCGAUAUCAGCGAUGACACCCAGGCGGUGAGGACGAGGUGGAUGUUGCGCAUGCUUUCCUUCCUCGCUCCCGUUCAGGUUGGCAUCAUCCUGGGACUCGGUUUCAUUUGGAUGUGGUUCAACCCUUGGUCGAGCUACAUCCUGGAUGGGUUUGCCGAUUUUUCGACCGUCUGGCGACUCCUCUGGGCGCUAGCGCUGCCGUACUGUCUCAUCACCACGUUGGGUUUUGCCACUCCGGACAUUACGAGGACGACCGAGGAGCUCAAGAAGAAGCCGGUGGUGCGGGAGCACAUCCACCGACUGUUUAUCGUUUCCGUCACACGCGGAUCCAACCCUGAAACGACCCGGAGGGCGCACCUGCAUCUCAAGAAGUUGGAAAAGUAUCAUCCGGCGGUACGCGCGAUUGUGCUCACCGACGAACCCUACUACUAUCCCGAUCUGGACAAUGUUAUGACCCCCAAGGCGUAUCAGUCUCCGCUAGGCAAGGCGAAACACAAGGCCAAGGCACUCGACUACUUCCGUUCGUCGAUGAACCUCACUCCGUACGAUUGGGUGUUGCAUAUGGACGAGGAGAGUACGAUGGAUGCCGAGUCCCUUCGUGGCUGUUUCGACUUUAUUCGUUACAACACAGCGCACAUUGGUCAGGGGAUCAUUAUUUAUAAUGGUAAGCGCGAGACGUAUUGGAAAAACUGGUUCUUCGCUGUUGCCGAUUGCAUUAGGGUUGGUGACGAGUUGGCGAGGUUUAGUUUGCAGGGCAACAUCAUCAAGCGGCCGGUGUUUGGUGUUCACGGUUCGUUCUUGAUGAUCAAUGGCGAUGUGGAGAACAAGGUGACGUGGGACUUUGGCUCCUUGGCGGAAGACUUUGAAUUUUCCCAAGCUGCCUGGGGCAAAGGGUUUACGUUGGGUAGGAUUCACGGUGUCGUCCGCGAACAGAGUCCCGAAGGGUGGGCCGAUUUCAUCAAGCAACGUCGUCGUUGGUACAUGGGUAUCCGCGGGAUCGAUGGGUUGUUCUUCCUCCCCCAGAUCGCGAUCAAACUCUGGACAGCCGGCAUCUUCUGCCUCGUCGCCACGCUCAUCAACAUCCCCUUCUCGUUGCUGUUGGAGUGGUCAGGUCCAACCCCGAGAUGGUUGUACGUCAUCAGCUGUUUCUGCUUCGGAAACUUCUACUGGCUCUACUACUCGGGCUUGUUCUUCUCCGAGCUGGAUUACGGGUACAAGUGGCACCAGGUUUGGCAGAUUCCUGUGCACGCCGUGGCGCUGUUGAUUCUGCAGCCGAUCAUGGCGUUCGUGGAGGGCAUGGCGGUGGUGUAUGCCAUGAGCACCGCCGAUGGCGAGGUCGGGUUCCAGGUUAUCAAGAAGUAG